CCUGCCCGGACUCGCCACCAACGGACCACCCCCGUGCCCGCCGACUCGCCCCCCCGCCAGAAAACAGCAGUCGGAGAACCAUGGAACGGUGACCCUCCCUGAGACCAUGGAGACCCUUGACGACGGCACCCUGAUCGCCGGGGAGGGACUGCCCAACGGGUACCUGAACCGACUCUUCCGACCCCAUACCGAGUCGGAAGGGGACGCGGGGAGCCCGGAUCCCACCGAGCCCGGCGAUGUGGGCCGGAAGGAGGAGGAGGAGGCGGGGGGCCGCUUCAAGAAGAAAGCGAAGGGCCGCCGGAUCUGGAGCCUGGUCAGCCGCAGGCGAGGCUCGGCCAGCCAGGCCAGGAGGCCCCAGUCCAUGAUCUUCCUGGGAGAGGGCGGCCGGGCGGCGGCGGAGGUGAAAUCCAAAGUGACCUUCAUGGAUCGGGUCAAAUCGAUCAAGCGCUUGCGUGUGUCGGCCGGCCCGUCCAGGGGCUCCGCGGGGGGAGGCGGGCGAGGCCGGGGGCUGGGAGACCCCCCGGGGGAGCCGGAGGACGGCUCCGGGCCGCUGAGGGCCGUGUACAGGAUCAGAAGACUGGCCGACGGGCAGAAGCCCUUCCGCCACUCGUUCGCCGGCUACACGGAGGAACUGGAUUCCUGCUGCGAGGACGUGGAGCUGAGCGUCGGGGGACCCGCGGCCUGGGACGCCGGGGUGAUCGGAGCGGCCGCGCUUCGGGAGGACGGGGACGAGGGCCCGGGGCCGACGGGCCCGGAGAGGCCCCGCGCCGGCAGAGCGGGGGUCGCGGACGGCCGGAAGCGGUGCCAGACGCUCCCGCAGGACAACCGGCGGGGCAGGAGCGCCGACGUCUGGAGUUACCUGAAGGGCAUCUCGCUGGCCGGCCGAGAUGGCGCCAGGGCCGCGGAGGACCCGGGACCGGAGACCCCCCUCCGGGCCGGCGGAGAGCCCCCGGGGAGACCGCCUCCAUCCCCAGACGCGGACCUGGCCGGGGAGGAGGCCUUGGGCCGGCCCAAGAAGUCGGGCCCCAAGGCGGCACCUUUCGGGGGCGUGGUCAGGUUCCUCAGCAGCGUGGCGGAGGCGGCUCGCAAGUUACGGGGACCCUCGAGGACAGACGCCCGCGACCGGCCCCGGAGCCCCGGCCCCGGAGGGCAGCGGCAGCCGGAGGGCCCGGACCACCCCCUGGUCAUUGAGAACCUCAGCGCGCGGGCCUCCUUCUCUUCCGGGCCAGGCUUUGCCGUUCCCGACGCGGGGGUCUGGGACACCCCUGAGAGCACCCCCAGAGCAGCCCACCCCUCCGAGUCGGGCAGUGAGACCGGAGGCUCCGGGGAGUCCCCCCCGCCCCCUCACCGGCCUGGGCCCCACGCUGCCUCCGUCCCCGACCUCACGGAUGCCCCUCCGGAGGACCCUGAUCCCCCGACCUCGGGCGGCUCCCCCCCGCCCAGCCCGAUGCUCUCCCGGGACUCGGAUGGGGAUCCGGUGGUCUUGACCCCCCUGCCAGGGGGCGGGCGUCGCGGCGAGCCCCCCGAGCCAGGCGGGGGAGAGGGGCCGGCGGGGCGGGAGUCGGGCGGGCCGGGCCUGGACCGGGAGGGCUCCUGUGACCACGGAGAUGACGAAUGA